AUGUCUGAGUUGCCAGAGAUCCACAACUUUGCGCGAACGAUACAGGAGCAGGCGGCCCACCGCACGUUCAAUCGCAUCGUACAGCCGCGUAUAGCCGAGCCCAAAUGGCCGCGAAUCGACUCGCGGGGGCCCUUCGAAGCGCAGGCCCCCUUCACCCUGUCUGCCGUCGCUCGCGGCAAGGAGCUGCAGCUGACCAUGGUCCUCCCGAACGACCGCUUCGAAGUCGAGGGUCAGAGCGGCAGCAGCAGCUUCAACAAUAGCAACAGUGGAGGCCUAGCCCAGGGUUAUUCGUUCGGGCUAACCCCGAGGGCGUCGAUGUCGGUGAUGCCCGCCACCACCAAAACCGCACCUCUGCUCAGGGCGGCACUGGCUGUGGACAGCGGCGGAGUGUAUUCGACGACGACAAAGCUGCUGCUGCUCAUGUCGAUCCUGUUCAAGGAGGGCAAGAUCGAGGCGGCGGACAAGGACUGGCUCAAGGAGAUCGUGGUGGCCGGUGGCGGUCGCCAGGGUGGCGAGGGGAAGGCGGUGCAGUGGCUGAAGAAGCUCGAGGCCUGCCUGGAGUACUUUGAAGCCGAAAACGACCUCGACGAGGUGGGCGAGACCAUGCGCAUCCUGACCAGAUGCUACGUCCUCGCCUCCGCCCACAACGACGGCGUUCAGUACCCAUUCCGCAGGGGUCUCGAGACAGCUGGCUCUCGUCAGUUGGCCCAAAUGGGGUCGCUCCUGCAAGUUGACCAGCAGUCCUACAUCAAUCCGAAUCAGUUUCACCAGGUGGCCCAAACGGGAUUGCUCCUGCAAGCGGUCCAGCAGUACGCGCUGCUCUCGCGAGCCGAGGACCCUGUCUCGUGCCUUGACGUCAAUCCGAAACAGUAUCAUCGAAUCCUGAAGCGGCGACAAGAACGGACGAAGCUGGAGGCCAAAUACCAGAUCAUGCCACGCAGGGUUCGACUUUCAUCCCGGCCCUCCGUCUUUCAAUAA